UUUGCCUAGGGCGUGGCAGCUGUGGAUAAAGGCAGGACUCAGGCUUAGCAGCUGCAUUCUCCCCUUCUCUCCCGGAACUUUCCAAGCAGCCUGGGGAGCCACACAGGCCAGCUGGUUGACAUGCGGGAGGUGACAACACUGAGCCUGCUCCUCCUCCUGGCAGGCCUGCCUGUCUUGGAUGCCAAUGACCCAGAAGAUAAAAACAGUCCUUUCUACUAUGACUGGCACAGACUUCGGGUCGGUGGGCUCAUCUGUGCUGCGGUUCUAUGCACCAUCGGCAUCAUCGUCCUCAUGAGUGAGUGGGGACCCUGGAGGCCGAGCUGGCAGGCAGGGCAGGGCUGUGGGUCCUCUCCCUCAACCAUCCCUUCUCCCCUGACAGGUGGGAAAUGCAAAUGCAAGUUCAGCCAGAAGCCCAGCCACCAUCCGGGGGAAGCCCCACCUCUCAUCACUCCAGGCUCUGCCCAGAACUGUUGAGGAUGGAUCCAUUGAAAGGACACAGAGGUCCCUUCCCAUCUCUUCCUCCAAGUCCUGGUUCUGCACGGGAGCCCAGACUCCAGGAUGGAAUUCUCCCUCUUCUCCUCAGAGCACCUUGCCAGAGCCUCACCUUACCUCUCACUGGAGGGGUCUUUUUGUUCAAUUUUUAAUUCUAAAAAUGGUUCUUGCCUCCUUAUCCUUUAUUCUAAAAAUUGAUUAGCCAAGUGUC